AUGCAAUUGAUAGGUAAUACUUAUUUAAUUUUGAUAAGAUAAAGCAUAAGACUAUGACUCAAAUGCUCGAUUAAAUUAAAGAAAAUUAAUAAGCAUAAUAUGUGAAACUAAUAAAGAGGCAAGAGAUUAUUUAUAUUUUUUGAAAUAAAGAGAGGAGGAAGAACAAGAAUAAAUGCCUAAAACUGAAGUUUUUUCAAUAUUUAUAAAAACCAUAAUGGAAGUAUCUAAUCCGACCUCUACCUUUAGAAUAAUAUGGGAAUCAAUAAGCAUGUUAUUUAUUUUUGUGUAAAUGAUAUACAUUCCAAUGGCAUUAUCAUUUUCUAUAGAAAAUUAAAUAGGAAUGGAAAUAGUGAAUGAUAUAAUGGAUAUCUUUUUUGUAAUGGAUAUGCUACUAAAUUUUCGACUAGCAUAUUAUCAAAAGUAACCAAAAAUCUUAUAUUAUAAGUGGAAAAUUGGAGUGUCGCUUAAAAUAUAUAGCAUUUAAUUAUCUAAAAUUAUGGUUUUGGAUAGAUGCGAUUGCAGUUCUUCCUUUUGAUUUAAUGAUAGGGAAUGAUGAUAAUUCAUCAACCCAAAUAUUAAAAAUAGUAAGAUUGUUUAAAUUUGUGAAAAUUGUACGUCUCUUAAGAGUUUUAAAAUUAGGAAGAAUUUUGAUAAAAAUAGAAGGUAUAUGAGAAAUAAUAAUAGAUUAUAGAGACAUUUUCAAUAGAAUAAACACUGUAAGCAAUAAUAUAAUUCUUAAAAAUAACUGCAAUGAUAUUAUGUAUAGCACAUUGGAUAGCUUGUAUUUGGAAUAUAGUAGAAUUUGUAGAUGAAUAAAUAGAAUUAACAUGGAUGACAUAAUAUGGAAUUCAUGAUGCACCUUGGGAAGUUAAAUAUAUAACAGCAUUUUAUUUCAGCAUAACUACUAUGAUAACAGUAGGAUAUGGUGAUAUAAGUCCAAAUACAAAUUUAGAAAUGAUUUUUGGUAUUAUUGUAAUGGUUUUGUCUUCAGGAGUAUUUGGUUAUAGUAUGUCAAGCUUGAUGUUUAUAAUUUAAGGAGAAGAUUAGAGUAUUGCUGAAAUUAAGUAAUAAAAUCUAAAAAUCAUUAAGUAAAUAAUAUAAUAAAUUAUAAUUAGAUAUAUUAAAUAGAAAAGUAUACCAAAAUAAUUAUAAAUUAGAGUAAAGAAUUAUUUGGAAUGGUUAGAAGGAUCUGCUUAAGUAGCUAAAAAUUCAUAAAUGGUUAUAUUAAAUAAUUUAUCAUCAAAUUUACAUACUGAAAUCUUAACUUUGUUACAUGGUAGAAUUUUAAAAUAAGUUAAUUUAAUUAGUAGGGAAUUCUCUUCAUAAUUAAGAAAUAAAUUAAUUUAUGUUUUAAAAGAACAUCUUUUAGGUCCAGAAGAAUAUGUUUUUAAAGAAAAUUAAGUAGACAGUAAUUUAUUAUAUUUUAUUUAAAAUGGUUAAGUUGAGAUUUGUUUAACAAAAAGAGAGUUUUCAUUAAAAUUAUUAAGUAAAGGAGAUUAUUUUGGAGAAAUUAGUUUUUUUAGUAAAUAUCCUAGAACAGCAAGUGCUAGAACACUUGAUUUUGUUAAUUUAAUGAGUUUAAGUAGAAAAGAUUUGUGGGAAUAAGCACAUGAUUUGGAUUCUGAUUUAGAGAAACUUUUCUAUAUAAAAAAUUGUGUUGAUGUUGAAAAUUCAUUAAAACCAUUAAGAUUAAGAUGUUAUAUUUGUGAUAGACCACAUCAUAUUGCAAGAAAUUGCACAAUUAUGCAUUAUAGAGUUCGAAGAUUAAAAGUUAUUGAAAAUUAUUUAAAAUAAAAAAAUAACAGAGUGAAAGAUUUUAAAAGAAGAUAUGGAAAACCAUUAAUUACUUCAUCUAAAAUUAUUAAUUCAAAAUCUGAUGCAUUAUUUAGAUAUAGAUUUCUAUAAUCAAAAUAAUUUGUAAAAACUAAUAAGCAUAAUGAAAGUAUUGAUGAAUCGAUUCCUGAUUAUUCUAAACUAUCAACUUAAUUUGAAGACAAUGAUUUUUGCCUUGAUAAACAUCGUGAUUAUUCGGAAUUUUAUUCAGAAUUUAAUCCAUCAAAAAUCAUUUCUGAAAUAAAUAAAUAAUCUGAAUUAAAAUUAUAAGAAAUGAGAGAAGAAAAAGAAUAAAUAGCUAUUAGAUUUAGAUAAAAUUGGAUGAAUAGUAGAAAAUAAAAACUUUUAUAAAUUGCCCCUCCAAGAUAAUCUAAAUUAUCAUUCGAUACUCAAAAGAUUUUUUCAUCUGAGAUCUAACAUAUUAUUUUUUCUGAAGAUUCUUCUAGUUCUCAUUCAUCUUGUAAUUUAUUAACUAAAAAAAGUGUUAGAGGAAAAAGAUUAUUAGAUGUAUAAACAUAGAAAUAAUUAUUGUAUGUAUUUUGACAUCUAUUUUAUUUAGAGUUAAAAGAUCUACAUCUCGUUCAUAAUUAGAAAAACUUCUACAUAAAAAGCCAAGUUCGAUUGAAUUCAAAAUCAAACCAAAUAAAAUUAAAAGAUAGGUUUCAUUGCAAGUUUAAAAUAACCGUCAUACACCUUUAGAAAUCAAACAAUUUUAAAAUACUAAUCUUAAACUUUUAAUCAUUAAUAAAUAUUUAGUCUUCAAAUGA